AUGUUCACAACAGACCUAUCUGAAGCUGAGGUCUCAGCCUUGAGAGCAAACAAAGGGCGCCUUGCGAAGGAUCUACAUGAAUCAUGUCAGUGGGGAUAUGGAAUUCGAUGGGGAGAGGGAGCUACAGAUACUGGAAUGCAACGUCUUGCACUGUCUGAAGAAGAUAAGAGCGUGCGAGAUUGGUUUAUUCAAACUAUGAAAGAUCUCAAAUGCCAAAUUACGAUCGAUGAGAUGGGCAAUAUAUUCGCAGUGCGCCCAGGUCGAAGGGCAGACGCUCCAGCUACUUUUAUUGGUAGUCACUUGGAUACACAACCUACUGGAGGACGCUAUGAUGGUAUUCUGGGUGUUCUUUCAGGUGUGGAAGUGAUCAAGAGGAUGGACGAGAUGGGACUGGAAACAGAAGGGGGAAUUGGUGUUGUUAAUUGGACAAAUGAGGAGGGAGCCCGAUUUCCUGUCAGCAUGAUUGCUUCCGGUGUAUGGGCAGAGUGCAUUCCCCUACCACGUGCCCACGAACUGAAGGAGGUACCAACAGUCGCAUCGUUACCGACGGCUAGCUCAGCACCAGAAACAAUGAAGAGCGCUCUCGAGAAAAUUGGCUAUCUGGGCAGUGUGCCCUGCUCAUACAAAACUACUCCAAUGGCAGCUCACUUUGAACUGCAUAUUGAACAGGGCCCUCACUUGGUUUCCGCUGGGCAACGAGUUGGAGUAGUCACCGCAGUUCAGGCCUAUCGCUGGUUCCGACUCAAUGUGAUUGGGCGAGAUACACACACCGGAACAACGGCAUUCGAGCACCGUGCAGAUGCCCUGUACGCAUUUGCGCAAAUGAUGGUGCGUGCAAGAGAAGUCGCUGCUUCCAAGGGCUGUUUAGCUAGUGUGGGUAUUAUCGAAGUGAAGCCUGGUAGUGUGAACACAGUUCCGGGCGCGGUCAGCUUCAGCUUGGAUAUCCGUGGACCAGAAACUGACCUCGUAGUCGAGGUUGAGAAGCAGCUACGGAGUGACUUUGACGCAAUCGCCGCUGCAGAAGGAACAGGGAUCGGCAAGCCGUGUCGUGUUGAAUGGACGCUUGAUUUUGACUCACCUGCUGUCAAGUUUCACCAGGAUUGUAUUAGUUGCGUUGAGGAGUCUGCUUAUGCUGUAGUCACAGAUGCACCGGUAUCGGAUACCAAGUCUCUUGUGCGACCAAUUAUGAGUGGUGCUGGCCAUGAUAGUGUCUUCACCUCUAAGCGCGUACCGAGUAGUAUGAUCUUCGUGCCCUGCAAGGAUGGUCUGAGCCAUCACCCGGAAGAAUUUUGCUCUGCAGAUGAUUGUGCAACGGGAACAUCUGUUAUAUUGCAGGCAGUUGUACGCUAUGACCGAAAGCGAUUUGCUUAA